AGGGGGGAGCGUGAUGACGUCAGAGGAGGCUGCGACGGCGUAUAUAGGAGAUGCGCAGGCGCAACUGACGGUUGUAUAUUUGAAUUGUGUGACAACUGAGUUAUAGUGAUCGUUGAAAAUGCUAAGAUUCGUGUUAGUCGCUGCAGUGGUGGCGAUCGCGUCAAGCGCGCCCCAAAACAACUUCAUCUUCAAGAACGACAUCACGCCUGAGGAGGCGCAGCAGUACCUCAAGUCACUGCCCUUCACCUCACCAUCGCUGUCUGGACGCACCGCUGUCUUGCCACUAGUCCGUUACGAUGACCCUAGGUUUCGUGCAGCUGACGCUGGCCCAACCCUCGGCCACUACUGGAAGAAUGGACAGGAGAUCCAGAAUACAGACGACUACGUUGAAGAGGUCUACAACGCCGCCCAGUACCACGGCCAGGACGGUCUAGGUCAAUACGCCUAUGGAUACGAAACCCCCGAAUCUUCGAAGGUUGAAAACCGUGAAGGCUCCGGUGUUGUGUCUGGAUCCUACGUCUACAAGGCUGGAAGCAGCAACGAUCUUAUUAAGGUCCGUUACUGGGCUGACAGCGAAGGCUUCCACCAAGAAGACAACAUCCCCAAGGUUGAGCUGAAGCCCGCUGAAGAGACUCCCGCCCUUAGGGAAGCUCGUCUUGCUUUCGAGAAGGCAUGGAAAGAGGCAGCUGAAGCCAACUCCAAAGCCCCUACCGUUCCACCACCGGCAGGAAACUACAACAAUAACUACAACCAAUACCAGCCCUACGAAGCCCAGGCUUCUGAAUUGAACGGUGUCGUAGUAUCUGCGGAACAGCCUCGUGAAGGCAAGAACCUCGCUUACGCGCAAGCUCAAAACGGUGCCUACAACCAGGGAGGCCAACAGUACGGCCAGCAACAACAGUUCGGUCAACAACAGCAGUAUGGUCAGCAGCAGCAACAGCCACAAUAUGGUCAACAGCAGCAGCAGCAGCAGUACGGUCAACAGAAACAGUACGGUCAGCAGGAAACUGAGGAAGGCAAAUAUGAAGAGCCGGAACCAACCGGUCCCCCUCACGGAUUCUUCUACAGCUUCACCUACCCGGUCUCCAUCAUCGUCCCCAAGAAGGACCUGAAUGCUGACGGCUACCCAGUUGAUCACGACACCGUUGGCGUUAACGGCCAAUAAGCAAUACCCAACUGACACUUCUGAACAAAACUUUAUUUUGAUACUAAUGUUUUGUCCAAAAGUGUGUUACGGCCAGAAAGUUUUGAUGAGACCUAAACCACAACUCAACAUUUUGGUUUAGAAUUUCGAGUGCAAUGAGCAUCAAUUUCGUUUUUAUUCACUUUACCAGUAAAAGUGCAGACCAUUUUAGAUCGUAACUGGUACAAAACUUUCUAGUCUUUCUAUGUGUUUCGCCUAUUAAUAGUUCAAUGGGUUGAAACCAAAAUCGGCCAUCAAGAUAUUAGUUUUAUUGCCCCUUAGCUUGCUGAUAGUCUAAUGAGGCAGUUUGUAUGACACCCGUGACAUAAUUACGGGUGCACUAUAUGUUUUGUCGUUAGAUUAUCGGCUUGUAUUGUAAGUGUUGCCAUUUUAGGAGCGAGUUUAUUGCACCGCCUUUUAGUCCGAAGUAGGUUUAGUUUUGAAAGUAAUAUUAAUGAUUUGUAGUUUUGUUUGUUCAAAUAUUUUUAUAACUACUUUGGAUUAAUGAAAAUUCUAGCAGCUUGGUUGCAGUUUGAAAGUGUAACCAUAUUUUUAUAAAAUUAAAUCAAUUAAUACCAAUUCUGUCACCUCUGGUUAUACUCUUGAACUCAGCCUUUUUAAAGUUAAGAUUUGUUACCAUAACGUCUUAGGUUUAAUGUAAAAUAUGUAAUGUUUAAUUAUAUGUUUAAUUAUGUAAGGCCUCAGUAAAACAGCAAUUUGUAAUGAUUAUUUCUUAAUAAUAAACCAUUUUGCAUACA